GACACCGUCAUUGAGGAUGAAGUGGGUUAGGUUAGCCUGCCUCGCCUGCCCAUCCUAAAUCCAUGCUUUCACGCGCUCCACAGUAUGUAUUCGGACAGAGUCAGGUAGGAACUCAAAGAAGUUAGAUCGUCUGACUGUCUCACUGUCAGACAGCCCCAGAACCACUGAGCCCCACGGCCCCCACCCUCUGGCUGGCCUCUCGUUGGUGCAAUGUUUCUGGGGCCGCUAAUCCUAACUGCUUCCAGAACAAAGAGCAGGAUCUCGUAUAGAUUGCGAUUCCUUCCACAGGUUUAGCGGGCCAGUCAGUGGAUUCCCAGUCAGCCCCCUCCUGGCUUCGUCACCUCCUCCAAAGCUUAAUUUCUGAACUACUUGUAACUGGGAAUCCCCUUUCUCCACCAGCCAAGCAACUUCCCGAUGAUAACCCACCGCGUCGGCGUCGCGAAUUGCUUCUUUUCGCCCCCAUCAUGGCCCAACAAAAUGAGCUAGUCGCGAGCUCCUCUUGGCCGGCGCAGUUUCUCCACUAUGUCUCGCGACGCCGCCAGAGGUUCUACGGCGUCAUCGCCGUCGCGCUGGUGAUGCUCGCCGCCGCCACCUUCAUCUACGGGGGGUUCGCGACCGGCAUCGAUUUUGGUUCCUACGUGCCGCGCCCGAAAGCCGCCCUGCCACCGGCGCAUAACGACGGCGCGGCCGGCACAGUGGUCCCGACCGGGGCGCACGGCGGGGAUGCGGUCCAGACGCAGAUCCCCACGGCGCCGGUAACCCAGACGCAGACGCAGACGGGCGACGACGCCGGCCACCCGGCGCAGACACAGACGCAGACGCCGCCCGUGGCCGUCCAGCCCGGCAUCCCCGCCAAGAUCUGGCAGAUCCUGCUGCCCAAGAGCUCGAGCAAGUCCAAGGAGAGCUUCGUCGCGGACCCCCAGAUCCUCUCCGACACGCCGACCUGGCUGGCCAUGAACACCGACUACGUCUACACGCUAGUGGGCCAAAAGGGCGGCGACGAGUUCGUGCGCAAGCACUUCGGGACGGACCAGCGGAUCGUGGACGCGUACACGGGGAUGCCCAACGUGGGGAUGAAGUCGGACCUGCUGCGGUACCUGAUCCUGUCGGCCGAGGGCGGCGUGUACACCGACACCGACACGGUGGCGCUCCGCCCCAUCGACGAGUGGGUGCCCGAGGGGGUGCGCGACAAGGCCGCCGUGGUGGUGGGCAUCGAGUGGGACCGGCGGGACGGCCCCGGCUGGACCGACAUCUCGCACUGGGUGCAGUUCUGCCAGUGGACGAUUGCAGCCGCGCCGGGCCACCCGGUCUUCGGCAAGAUGGUGGAGCGCAUCCUGGCGUCGCUCGACGACCUGGCCGCCGCGCACGGCGUGCCCUUCGGCCAGCUCGCCAAGCUGGACAGCUUCGAGGUCAUGAACUCGACGGGCCCGGCCGCCUGGACCGACGUGGUCUUUGCCCAGCUGCAGGAGUACGACCCGUCGCUGACGGACACCAAGGAUCUGUCCUACAUGGACGAGCCGAAGCUGAUCGGCGACAUCCUCGUGCUGAGCAUCGACGGCUUCGGCAUGGGCCAGCCGCACUCCAAGAGCACCAACGAUGGGACCGUUCCCGAGGAUGCCUUGGUGAGGCACCUGUUCAAGGGCGCGUGGAGAGGCGACAAACGGAAACGCAGGAUAUAAACAUGUUUGGGUUGGAGAAGUUUAAUGAUAGACUUGUAUUAUUGACAUUUUAUUUCGGCAGCUGUGGGGCGCCGGGGGUGUUCGG